ACGCGGGGAGGUGGGCGUACCACGGGGAGGGGGCGCGGGAUGUGCGCGGCGCACGGGGUUUGCCGCGGGAGGGACGGAGCGCUCGCCGGGCUGACGUGGGUCCGCAACGCCGUACUCGCGACAAACUACCCAGGAGCGAAGAGACGACUCUCCAAGGAUGGGGCCAUCAGCACUGCGGCCCUGGCGGGUCCCUUGGGAGGAUCUCCAAAGAUGCCGAUCUAGGCAGGAGGUGGAUCAGAAGUCCUUGUGGGCCCACCCCCGCCCGAGGGCCUGGGCUCCGGGGAACCGAGGCAAGUUUUCUCUCUGUGCUAUGGGAGAUGUCAAAGAAUCAAAAAUGCAAAUAACACCUGAAACUCCAGGAAGAAUUCCUGUUUUAAAUCCUUUUGAAAGUCCUGGUGAUUAUUCUAAUCUCCACGAACAAACUGUCUCCAGUCCUUCUGUUUUUAAAUCGACAAAAUUACCAACUCCAGGGGAAUUUAGAUGGUCUAUUGAUCAACUAGCCGUAAUAAAUCCUGUAGAAAUAGACCCAGAAGACAUUCAUCGUCAAGCUUUAUACUUAAGUCGUUCUCGAAUAGAUAAAGAUGUGGAAGACCAAAGACAAAAAGCCAUUGAAGAGUUUUUCACUAAGGAUGUCAUCGUACCCUCUCCUUGGACUGAUCAUGAAGGGAAGCAGCUUUCAGAGUAUGAUUCCAGUAAAUGUAUUAACAUCAAUAAUGAAUCUCCAAUUGGAAGAAAGCUGACCAUACAUUCUGAGACAAGCAACGCUGCUUGCCAGACAUUGCUGUCUCUUCCUGUGGAUUUUAAUUUAGAAAAGGUAUUAGGUGACUAUUUUAGAGCUGAUGAAUUUGCAGAUCAAUCUCCUGGAAACCUCAGUUCUUCAUCCCUCAGAAGAAAGCUCUUUUUAGAUGGCAACGGAAGUAUCUCUGACUCCUUACCUCCAGCUUCUCCCAGAAGUCCUCGUAGUGGUGCUGAAGCAUCACUUGAGGUUUUUUAUUCAAUAGAUUUAUCUCCUGUGCAGUGUAGGAGCCCUGUGCAGACCCCGAGUUCGGGGCAGUUUUCUUCUAGCCCUAUUCAGGGUAGUGCAAAAAAAUACAGUUUGGGAAGCAUAACCAGUCCUUCACCUAUUUCUUCACCCACUUUCUCACCAAUUGAAUUUCAAAUAGGAAAGACACCACUCUCAGAGCAAAGGAAGUUAACUUUCCAUUCUCCUGAUGCUUCGUCUGGAACAAAUUCUCAUGGAAUUACCAAUCCGUGUAUCAGAAGUCCUUAUAUAGAUGGCUGCUCACCAAUUAAAAAUUGGUCUCCUAUGAGACUUGAGAUGUGUACAGGGGGUGCUAAGUAUCGGCCCGCACUGAUUCGGGUACCUUUUGCUCUCGAGGCUCACAGCGAAGAUGAAGGAGACAAGGCAGAUGUUCCUUCCACAGACGCCUCCUCCCUCGCCACGGGCACGGCUGGAGUCCACCUGCCGCAGCUGGAUGGUGACGUUUGUCCACACGGCACGCACUUGGUAGUGACCGCCAUGUCUAUUACCCAGAACCAGUCCGGUGCUUCUGAGAAAGAAUUGGCACUGCUGCAGGACGUGGAAAGUGAGAAGGAGAAUAACACUGUGGAUAUGGUCGAUCCCAUAGAGAUAGCAGAUGAGACCACUUGGAUGAAGGAGCCCGUUGAUAAUAGGAGUUUACCCAUGACUGACUUUGUGAGUGGGAUCGCCUUCAGUAUUGAAAACUCUCACAUGUGCAUGUCACCUCUCGCAGAAAGCAGUGUCAUUCCUUGUGAAAGCAGUAACAUUCAGGAUUGUUGCUCAAAAAAGUACACUAGAAUCACUUUUACAUAGUCCAGCUUCUAAAUUUGGUUCCUAAGAAGCACAUCCAGUCAAACUUCGCCUUAAAGGUAUUGUUAACUUUUUUGCUCUCCUUUUUUCUUACUGCCUCUUUUUUUCAGAGCAUCUAUAGAAUCAUUGUAGAAUACUUAGAUGGAAAUACACAUUCAUCAUCUAGUCCAACUACCCCUUGGAAGCCUGUCUCAUUAUAAAUUGCCAUCACUCUCUGCCUGAGUACCUGCAGGGGUAUCCCAGCCUAUCUUAGAGGACUUCUCUCACCAUUUACAAGCCUCUUCCCUAGCAAGCUGAACUAUGGUUCUCUCUGUGGUAUCUACCAGUCAGUUUCAGUUUUAUCCUUUGGGUCCUAUCAUAAUAAUGUGUACUGUUUGCAGAACAUUUUGUAGUUUAAAAAUGUUUUCUAUACAUUCUUUCCUACCACAGGGGUAGCUCCAAACAUUCAAAGACAGUCACAUUUUCCCAGGGCCUUUUGACUUGCUUUACUGUGACGGGUUGGCCUCCAAGCAUUGUACACAGCUGUAUUCCUGGAGUAUCCCUUCAUCAUCCUGAGAAUUCCCUUAACCUCUCGCAUGUUCUGUACCCCGUUCUUCUGUUUCCUGGUUUACUUCUCACUUGACUGGAACACAUUUUCCAGUAGCUUUCUGAGGAAGAGUACCUUUUUCAAGAUACUGCACGUCUAAUCACAUGUUCUUUAUUCUCUCACAUUUGAGUUUGUAAAUAAUUUUCCUUCAGACUUUGUUUCGUUGAUUCUGUUUUCAGUGUUGCUGGUGAGAGAUCUGAAACCAUUUUAAUACUUAAUCUUUUGCAUAUGGUCUCUUUUUAAUCCUUUCUGAAGUAAAGGAUCCUGAAAUUUCAGUGAUUCUUUGGUGUGGGUUCCUUUUCAUCAGUUGUACUGGGCACUCAGAGGGCCCAUAUGAUCUGUAAACUCAUGCCCUUCACUUCUUGGAUCUUUUCUUGAAUAAUAUCUUAGAUUUCUCCUCUAUCGUUUUCACCGUUCUUUGGAACUCCUUUUGAUUCUCCAAUUUAAAAAAAUCUUUUCACAGCUUUUUUAACUCCCUUUUCUUCUAAUUUUUGGGAAAUUUGCUCAACUUCAUACAAUAACCCUUCCAUUGAGUUUUUAUUUCUGCAUCUUAAAAUUUGUAAGCUUUGUUGUUUGUUUGUUUUGCUUUUGGUAUUAAUUUAAAAAUCUGUAGAGUGGCUGGCAAAGCGUUGCAUGGUCUGGCCUUUCCCUUACUCUCCAGCCUCAUUUUGUUUCCCUGCCUUCUCUGUUUCAGUCACAUUGGCUUUCCAGAGUUUGGAAUACCAUGUUGUCUCCCUUGACGCCUGUGGCGGGUAACGAGUUGACCUGUGUUGUCUGGUUGGCACAUAGUAGGCACUGACAUUAGUAGUGGUCUGGAUGGGAGCCAGUGUGGUAAGCCACCGUGUUAUGUUAGGGGCACCCAUGAUCCUUCUCUUCCUAGAGAGUGGGACAGACCCCCUGUGUACCGUACUCCCUGCACCACAAGGGUUUUGUUCAAAUGGAACAUCGCUCCCAGGAGUAAACAAGUAUGCAUCCAUUCCCGAAAACUGGGAACAUUUUUCUUAAGAUGAUGAUAGAAUGCACUUUCUAGGCUAUUCUUGUUUGUGUUGGGGGCAGAUGUAGUCUUCCCUUCGCUGGUCAUAAUUUGCAUAAAAGGGCGUCAGUGCGAGAUGACUGCAUUGUGGGUUGUGUUGUUUGGUGUUCGUCACUGUGCACGUAAGUGUGGAGUGUGCAGUGAGUGGGCAGGGGCAGUGGGGCCUCAGCUCUUCGUCAUCUCAUUCCGACACUGUGAAAGUUACCCUUUCUGAGCCUUAGCCCUAUUUGGGAAGUUAAUAGGGUGCUGCAAGGAGAACAUAAGAAUAUUACAUGGAGCGCCAUACAGGGCUGGUGCUUUUUUAGGCCCUCAUGAAAUAAAUAUUUGUCAUAUUUGUACCAAAACUGAAGUUUGCUAGUCCCUUGUUUUCUUUUGCUCUUUUGGGCUGUAACAGUGUGUGGUAGAAUGCUACAAUUUUAAUUAAAAUGAAAAGCUGAGCUAACAUCUAGAGCCAUUAUAUACGUGGUAUUAUUAUGAAGGUAAGAUUUUUAUUUCAACGAUGGGUAUGAGUAUAAUGUAAGCCACCUUUUAAAAAAUGUGUAUUGUUUUGAAUCCUCUUAACGGUAGCUUGCCAUUUAGGUAAAUUUUAUUUAGAGAUGCAAGUAAGCCAUUUAAGACAAGCUUGGUAAAUGAGGUGGAAGAAGUUGAUUGUAAUCUUUAUUUUCAUCUACUGGGUGUGAGCACAAAGUAACAGGGAAGUAUGUUCUUAGUGCCUUGUACACUGACUUUCAAGAAAAUUACAGGGACUUCCCUGGUGGUCCAGUGGUUAAGACUCUGCACUUCCACUGCAGGGGGCGCAGGUUCGAUCCCUGGUCUAGGAACUAAGAUUCCAUAUGCUGUGUGGCGCAGCCAAAAAAUAAAUAAAAUAGCCUAGAAUUUUAAAAAAAUAAAGAAAA